CUGGACGUUGCGGUAUUUUUCUUCACAUAAAUUUAUUUUAACGACUAACUUAAACCUAGACGGAUUGCGCGCGUCCGAUCGCUGCCGUUGCCGUUCGUGGAAGAAAGUUCCCGCUGUUCGGGCGAUCACCUUUCAUCCGUUGCCCUCUCACGCACACCAACCAACGCGUUGAUGGCCGCCAAAUUAUGGCACUCUAAUUAUGGCAUUGCUUGUAUUAUUGCUGAACUCUCUUUCAUGCAAUCUCCUCCGCCGAUCCUAACUCUUAUGUAUAAACAUCCUCCCCCCCCUUGAUAUGGCAUAUCAACAAAUCGAUUGCUACCGGAACAAGCACAACACAACAAACUCCCGUCAGAACGGUGCAACCAAAAAUACAGACUGCUGCACGUGCAUUCAGCGCUAUCAAACUAUUCUCCUAUCAAUUUCUCUUUGCUCAAAUCAACCUCCUCUGAAGCUGCGUUGUCUAUUGACGAUGGUAUCGGUAACAGGCAUAUUUUUGUUAUGGGACGUUUGUAUAUACCCUUACUGGUGCGCACAGAUACUACUCUCGUUAUUCCGUCCCUUCCAGCAUGCGUCUCAACAAUACGUGCCAAAGGCCAUCGGGUUGCGGCUCCUGCAAAUAUUCGCCUUUCCAGUGGACCCAGAAACGCUGCACGUAGGCUUGUAGCUUCCAAUAGUGCUCCAACCGGUUUAAGGGAACGUCACACAAGUUGGGUUCGGGAAGUGCUUGCAUGGAGGUGCCGAUCAGAAAGUGGCCCGGAGUUAGCGCCGCCAGUUCAUCAGGAUUUUCUGAAAGAGGAAGCAACGGUCGCGAAUUCAUGACCGCUUCGAUUUGUGUUAGUAUCGUAUAAAGAUCUUCAAAUGACAAACGAGAUGCACCGAGGAU